AUGGAUGGAAUUGAACAAGAAGUUCGAAGAGUUGGUGAGGUUCGAAAUGAACAACCUCGUCAGGAAGAGCAACCUAGAAAUGAAAUUCCUAGAGCUGAGGAACAACUUGGUCAUCGAGCUAGGAUUGAAGAGGAGCUAGCCAAAGACUUGAAAAGGAUAGCCCCACCUACGUUCAAUGGUAAUACCAUUGAUGAUGGUGUUGAAGCUUGGGUAAUUGAGAUGGGGAAGUAUUUUGAACUUCAUAACAUGUCUAAUGAAACUAAAGCAGUAUGGGUUGCUUAUCAGCUUACUGGAGAACCUGCGACAUGGUGGGACAAUGAGAAAUCUAAGAAGAAGUUACAACCUGGUGAUAUUACUUGGGAAAUAUUUUUGCAAUCAUUUAGGAAGAGGAGGCUUCCUCAGUUAUUCUUCGACACGAAGAUGACUGAAUUCCAGAAUCUGACGCAAGGUGGAAUGACAGUUACUCAAUAUUGGGAGAAGUUCACCAAUCUCCUAAAGUAUGUUCCAUAG